GCCAGUGAAAGCGAUACGCGAUUUUGUGGACCAGUGCAAGUCCAGCAAGGAAACAGGAACGACAUGUCGGACAACGAAGACAACAAGGGUGGCGAUGACGAGAAGAAGCAGACGAUCACGAUUCGUGUGAAGGACCAGUCUGGCGAAGAAACGUUCUUCAAGGUCAAGCCGCACACCAAGAUGGAAAAGAUUUUUAGCGCGUAUGCGCAACGCAAGGGUGUUCCUGUCACAGCCCUUCGAUUCUUGUUGGAUGGCACGCGCAUCGGCGGCGACCAAACCCCCAAGAUGUUGGAAUUGGAAGACCAAGACCAAAUUGAUUGCGCGUUGGAACAAGUGGGCGGUGCCUCGUUUUAAACAAGAAGGGAGCAUCCUGUUGUCCUCGUUUCAACCAGCUACAGUGCCGCGGUUGAAGGAAUGAUGGGAGAGGUGCUUUAAGUUGCUAUAAGCGUGCGUAUUACUGCGUUGUUGUUGUUAUUAAGGGAGAGAAGGAUAUGAACGUCGCAGCUAUGCACACAUAACAUUCGGUCGAGCUGUCUAUGGGUUGUACAUGUGGGUUUUGAUCCAGUUUGGCGGGUUGGCAGGGAUUGUGACCAAGUCGGUGUCGAACAAUUCGAUGAACUGCUCGUUCUGUAGCCGCACCUUUGACCCAGCGAAUCGACGGUACUCUUCAAAGAUGGAACUGAGGUGCCAUUGCUGGAUUUUCCGCAGGCAGCCCACUACGGCGCCGGUGCGGUCUCGCCCGAGGUGGCAUGUGAGGAAGAGCGGGUAGUUGCCACGAUCCAGCACGAUGUCUAGUGCCGCAAGCACGGUUUCUUCGCUCAUGGGUUCCCAUGCCUUUCGUCGGUUCUCGAGUUUGGUGUUGCCCCCCAGGACAAUCAGCUCGAUCUCUUGCUCUUCCACAAAACUCAGCAGCUGCGCGUUUGGCUCUUCCGGCGCCAAGUAGACGAUCUUGCGCAAGUUGAGGCGCUCCAGGAAGGGGAAGUUGAGUUCGUUCGGGAUACCGCUUCGAUACAGGUCUUCCUCAAUCAUGCCAUAGUUGACGGGUGGAAUAAAGUACGACAUGAUGCCGAUGUCGACGGGCUUGAGUGAACGAUCCGAUGAGCCGGAUAACCACACGAUCAUCCGGAUAAUCUUUGCGUUAAGUCAAAAGCCACCGACCGGCACGCCGCCAUGUCCAUGACCUCGUAGUUCCCUCAGUUCAAUUACACCUUUCAAGUCCAUUGACAUUAGAU